GUCACGAAUAAAUGCCAAGACCCGCACAGCCACAUCGCUGGCUACUCGCAUUGCAGCUUUGUGCCGAGUAUCCGUAUUAUAUCCACCGCCAGUCAAAUCAUGUUCUUGUACCAACGUGUGCCAACGUGUGCCGGCACGUACGGUGAGUGUAGUGUGAUUCAGGUUCCAUGGGACUAAGUAUGGACAAAGACUUAAUCAUUCCGACCAGAGGCUGUGUAUGCACACGUCAGACCAAGUGGCACAGCCGAAUCAGCUAGAAGUUAGAGGGUAGGUGUUUGCUAACAUUAAGAAGACGUUAAUAUAUUAAUAUCUACCUACCUGCCUGCCUACCUAUGCUCUAUCUCCCUUCUCCCUUAGACUUCAUCACAUCUACCACACCAACCCUAUUAACAACAUUUCCGUUUUUGUCAAAAGUUAACCGGAUCGACUGGAUCUCCACAUCAAUAUGGAUCCGCGUUACGGCAAUCAAGGUUACGGAGGUGAGCGCCAGCAGGGUGAGGCCUCUUCCUACUAUGGCGGCCAACCCAACUCUCAAUAUCCCCCCUAUUCUGGCGGUCCAGAGGGACAGCAAGGAUAUGGUCAACAAGGAUAUGGACAACAAGGAUACGGACAGCAAGGGUACGGACAACCUAACAACCCUCAAUACGGCAACACAUAUGGCUCCGGUCCCGGAGAUCGAUACGGCGAACGCCAGAACGAAGGGCCUUAUCAGUCCGGACCUCCAAAUGCCGGUCCAGGAGAAGAGGGGGACCGUGGUCUGAUGGGAGGACUUGCUGGUGCCGCCGCCGGUGCUUAUGGUGGACAUAAAAUGGGCCAUGGAAUCAUCGGAGCUAUCGGUGGCGCUAUAGCUGGCCACAAGCUGGAGGACUUUGUCAGUGAUCGCAAGGAAAAGAAGGAGGAAAAAGAAAAGCUACAACACCAGGUUUCAUCGCCGCCCCCUGCUUAUUCGGAUUCUCACCACCAUGGUCAUCACGAAGGACGUCAUUCUCCAAGCCGAGACAGGUCGAUUGGAAACUAUGACGGCAACUUUUCCGCCUCGUCGCGUGAUAUCCAUCUUGAAGGAGACUACGACCUUCGCGCAACUUGUUCACGUCGACAAGGGGGAACCCACGUGAGCACCCUAAACCUCAACGAAAUCCUUAGCAAUGACGACGGUCAUUUCCGCUGGGUAAGUGGGGGGUCUGGUUCCAGCACCGUCACGGUACAGCAGGGCGAUACCUUGAGAGAAAUUGCCCGACGAUGCAACUGUAGCUUCGAGGAUAUCGCUAAGAGGAAUAACAUCGCCAACCCGGACAUGAUCUACCCGGGACAAACCCUGCAAGUGCCGGGCCGGGCAACCGGAAAUUUUAGCGCUUCGGCUCGGGACAUCCGUCUCGUCGACGGCGGACGGGUCCUAGAGGCGGAAUUGGUCGAUACAAGAGGCCAGUGGCACCGACGCCGGAUUAAUUUAGACGAGCGCAUCGGAAACUCGGAUGGACACUUGCGCUUCGUCUAAGAGGCAUGACUGGAUUGGAGAUUGUGCCAAAGUGAACUAGAAGACUUAUAAUGAAGAAGAUUAGUAUGUUUAUACUAUGGCAAUGAAACUAGAUAGCUAGAGAAUUUACUGCUAUUAAUAUUUAA